AUGACUUCCACUCAAUGCGUCGACUCAAUUUUUCAGAGUGAGGCAUCAGAUCUUUAUGACAAAACUUGGGGCCGACAGUGGCCACAGCACUCAAACAAGAUCGUCAAGACCGAUGUUGUAACCACCGGACACACCCUACCCAUCAAUGGGGGCGCCGCUCUCAAUGAGAACGACGAGUCUGGCUCAGUCGACAAAGAUGCGGAUUAUGUCUACGGCGACGGCGCCGACCUCGCCAUACCUGAGGAACUCAGGUACGAUGUCCUCAUCAUCCGCGAUGAGUAUGUCCAGCUCCGCAAGAUGAUGGAGGAGGGCAAUCUACGGGACAAACGCGCUAUCGUGGUGGUAGGCCAGCCAGGGAUCGGAAAGACCACCUUCCUCUUAUACCUUCUCUUGCAUCGUCUCGAGCGCAGACUUCCAACGGCAGUCCAACUUAGUCCCCACUUCUACAACAUCUUCGACGAGGAAGGCGCCACGGCUCGUGCCAUCAAUAAGUGUUGGGCCCUGAGUGACAGCAACACCGACAUAGUCAUGCCGUGCGCGCCCUUUCGAAACCGCGCAAAGUUUGUCAUCCAGGCGACAUCGCCCAGACCCGAGAGGUGGAAGGAAUGGCUAAAGCAAAAGAUGGGCCGUCUCGUCAUCUCUGCUCUGCCCAAGGUACUGGAGAUAGGAGCAAUCUUGAAAGAGCUCCAGUUCGACCCGUCUUCUACUCUUUGCCUCGUGCGCAAGUGGGGGCCAUCGAUCCGGAACAUCAUCUGCAUCACGGAGGAUUUAUUAGCGCGAGCUUCAGCAGUGCAUAUAUGCGCGGAUCCGUUGUCUGUCAACGCGAUGUCGGGAAAGGGGCGGAAGGCAGAUAGCGAAGGCUCCAACCUCGUCUUCCUUCGUCCUCACCGUGAGGCCGGCGACCUCUGGCAAAGCGUCCCUUUCAUCCCGACGAAGUACCUCAGCGACAUCUUCGAAGAGUAUCGCAGCAGAUUGUCGAAUGACAGAUCCCUCCAGCUCUUCCGUGCCUUCAGUCCGCACUCCUACACGAGGGCACCCGGCGGCUGGGUCCACGAAACCAAUAUGCAUGCUCGCCUGAGUAGAGGUGCGCCAGCUCUCCGCAUCUUUCGAGACCAAGACGAGAAGGAGAUGCUACCAUCGAGUCAUCUCCUCCCCGGUACGGCGGCCGGAAUCAAGACCAUAGGUGUGCGCGACUCCUUUUAUUGGUUCCCGUGUGUGAGCAACUUCCCGGGAAUCGACGGUGUCCUCGGGGAUACCGACGGCAACAUUUACACCGUGCAGGCGACAAUUGCAGAGGAGCACCCCACCCCCGUCGAAGGACUUCAAGAGGUCUGGAGGCGCCUCAAAGUCGCCGUUCGAACGAGCCGUACUUGGCACUUCGUCCUUGUCGCAGACCGCCGGACAGUGGCAGAUACAUACGUGGAGCGAUUUUCAGAGAAGUUGGAUGGCCUCACGCUUGGUCCUGCCGGUGCUCGUGUACCUGUGCAUGUGUGGGGUUGCGUUCUCUAA